AUGCAGAUGGUGUAUCUCCCAGACCUGCUGUUCCUCAUCGAAACCGAACAGAAUGACGAUUAUGUUAGAGAUGUGGGAGUUCAAUUAGGUUAUGAUCAUAUGCAGAUAGUUUCCCCACAAGGCUUAAGUGGAGGUUUAGUUGUGCUUUGGAAGAACUUUUUUUCAGUUUCUUGUAUCUCUUUUGAUUCCCGUCUUGUAGAUCUUCAAGUUGAUUAUAAAGCUUUUCAAUUCUACUUGUCUUGCGUUUAUGGUCAUCCAAUACCAAGUCAAAGGAAUCACUUAUGGGAAAAGUUACAGAGAAUAGCCACCACGAGACAUGGACCUUGGAUGAUGUGUGGUGAUUUCAAUGAGAUUCUAAGUAACGCAGAGAAGAGAGGAGGUCGCAUUAGAGCAGAGAGUAGCUUUCGAAACUUUAGAUUAAUGCUGCAGGUUUGUGAUAUGCAGGAUCUAAAUUAUAAAGAUAAUAUGUUUAGUUGGGUUGGAAAUACAAGAGAUGGUAUUGUGGAAUGUUGCUUAGACAGAGUCAUGGCGAAUUCAGAAUGGCGUCAAGCCUUCCCGGCUUCUGAAACAGAAUUUCUCGAGAUAGCAGAAUCAGAUCACAGGCCGUUGAUAAUAUACAUUGAGUAUGAGGAGAGACGUAAACGAGGUCAGUUUCGUUAUGAUAAACGACUUGCUCAGGAGGAGGAUUUUGUGGACACGGUGAAAAACUUUUGGCAUCAUAAAUGUUCACAUGUUCAGGACCUUCGUGUUCAACUGAGAUUAUGUCGAACAGAGAUGGCUAAAUGGAAAAGGCGAAACAGACUAAAUCCAGCGGAGGACAUACAGAUUAUCAGAGCCGAGCUGGACAGAGCAAUCAGAGAUCCAAGGGUAGCAGCUUGGCAAAUAAGGAAGCUAAGGACGGAUCUAAACAAGGCUUAUUACAAUGAGUAG